AUGUCAUUGAAACCAUAUUUGCAACUGCGAGAUAGAAUUUCUCAGGUAUGGUUAAAUCAAUAUACCAUACUGCUAAUAUUGACAAUGGUUAAAAUUGUGCUGUUCUCAUUGUCACUAAAAAAUGCGAUUGCAACUUCUAGAGACUAUGCUUUGAGUAGUUGUGACUCUAUUGAUUAUUUCUACUCCGAAUUCAUGAACUCGGCACCUGCAUAUAUGUGUCAGUUCGGCAAUUAUUUAAUUGAAAAAUCCAUACAAGAAUCAGUGAAAGCCAGUUUGAAAACGGUAUCUCUGUUGAUAGGCGCAGGUGAACAGAUUGCUUUAUUCUUAUUUGACUUUUAUUUCGGCACAUACAUAUGCCUGGCGACAAGUGCCGUAGAUGGAGCAGUGGAUGUUGCAACAAAUACUACAAAAAAACUACUAGGCGCCGUUAAUGAAACUGUCACUGCAGUGGGCAAUGACGUUGAUUCAGGACUUGACGACUUAUCUCAAGUUAUAGAUAAAAUGUUGAAGGCGGCUAGUAGCGUGGAGAAUUUCUUUAAAGGUGGGAGCGCCGAUGACGUUGACUCUUCAGUCAAAUCUGUAAAUUUGAGUAUUGCGAAGCUGCGAGAUCUACAUAUUCCAUCGUCAAUCGAUGCCAAACUUUCAGAGCUAGCCGAUAAGACCCCUAAUUUUGAUACGGUAAUGAACAAGACUCACUCUGAAAUUUCGAAGCCUUUCGAGUUAGUACGUUCUAAGGUAACGGCUGUGAAUGUGUCUCGUUUAAUGACUAGCAAUCAAACAAUGUAUAUGCCAGCCGCAAACUCCAGCAAUGUGACUUCUGGUAUUUGUGCCUCGAGUAAACCUGAUCUUUUAAAGUAUUAUGCAGGCGUCUCAAAGACUAUAAAUGUGCUAGUAAUCGUUUUAGUGACAUUACUAGCUAUUGGCGCAAUAAUAGCUAUGAGUCCGUCUGUGUGGUCUGAAUACAAACAAUGGACUAGGCUGCGAAACCUGCAAGUCAUGGUAGGAGAAAAGCUGCCUUCACAUGGCCCGGACUACGGAUCUGAUGUAAUUGAGAAUUACCAGCGUGUCUUCGCAAAAUGGCCUACAGCUUUUGGUGAAUGGCUCGCUCAACGUCUUAGCACCAGCAUGCGCACUCGACGCAAAAUACGGUGGUGUGUGGCGUACGCUUUGUCACCUAGGGCACUCACCGUUCUCGGAAUUGCAUUGGCCGGAAUCGUGAUGUGCAUAUGCCAGUUUAUACUGCUGGCAGCCGCCGCACGAGCUAUGACUGGCAAAGACGCCCAAAACUUUUCAAAUGCAGCCUUGAGCAGUGCCAGUUCAAGCUUAAACGGAGACAUGGUGCGCUGGACUGCAUCAACAAACAGUUACAUCAACUCUACCAAAAACCAACUGAACAGCGAGGUUUUCGGCUGGACGCAGGACACUACCGUCUCACUUAACAAUACUCUUAAUACUGCCAUUCAUGACAUUGACACGGUUCUGGCGGAUUUCUUUAACGGCACUUUACUGUACAAACCUAUGACGAGCGUAGUGCGCUGCACCAUAGAGAACAAGCUCUAUAAAAUCCAAAAAGCGCUUACCUGGAUCCACGAAAAUCUACAGUUCCCCAUCCCGCUAAUAGAUGCCAAUGCCUUGCAGGACUGGGCGCUGAAUCAAAGUGACCCAAGUUCUCAGCGGCAGUCGAACACCACAUCCUCUACUGCGCUAGAAAUUUCGAAUUUGACACACAAAAUUGCGCUAGAUACCCAGGAAAUGCUGAAAGGUGUGUUGAAUCAGUUCCGCUCUGCUACAAUGCUCGAGCUUACUAUUUCAUUAGUUCUCUUCGGUUUAUGGCUUAUCCAGUGGCUUAUCGCUAUACUCAAAGUAUAUUUGACAGCUUAG